CCCGGGUCGCCGCGCCGCGACCCGCACACCCCACGCCGUGCUCGCCGGCUCCCACGCCCCCGCGCCGCGCGCCCGAUCCGUGCGCUCCGAAGACCCCCCCUCCCCAGCCCCCGGGCGGCCGCCGCCGGCGAUGCUGCAAGAAACUUCUUAAAUGACCGCGUCCCGCUGCCCCGCCGAGCGUUUCUGGGUUGGGGAGAGGAAAGGAAAGUGGAAAAAAAACUGAGAACUUCCUGAUCCCUCUCGCUGUGAGACAUGUCUGAGACUCCUGCUCAGUGUAGCAUUAAGCAGGAACGAAUUUCAUACACACCUCCGGAGAGUCCAGUGGCGAGCUACGGUUCCUCGACUCCGCUUCAUGUCCCAGUGCCUGGCGCGCUCAGGAUGGAGGAAGACUCGAUUCACCUACCAGCGCACCUGCGCUUGCAGCCGAUUUACUGGAGCAGAGAUGACGUAGGCCAGUGGCUCAAGUGGGCAGAGAACGAAUUUUCCUUAAGACCCAUUGAGAGCAACACGUUCGAGAUGAACGGCAAGGCGCUCCUGCUACUGACCAAAGAGGAUUUCCGCUACCGAUCUCCUCAUUCAGGUGAUGUGCUCUAUGAACUCCUUCAGCAUAUUCUGAAGCAGAGGAAACCUCGAAUUCUCUUCUCGCCUUUCUUCCACCCUGGGAACUCUAUCCACACGAAGCCAGAGGUCCUGCUGCAUCAGAACCAUGAAGAAGAUAACUGUGUCCAGAGGACGCCCAGGCCGCCUGCAGAGAGUGUGCACCACAACCCUCCCACCAUUGAACUGUUACAUCGCCCUAGGUCACCCAUCACCACAAACCACAGGCCUUCUCCUGAUCCCGAGCAGCGGCCCCUGCGGUCCCCUCUGGACAACAUGAUCCGCCGCCUCUCUCCUGCUGAGAGGGCCCAGGGGCCAAGGCUCCAGCAGGAAAACAACCACCAGGAGUCCUACCCCCUGUCAGUGUCUCCUAUGGAGAAUAACCACUGCCCACCAGCCUCGGAGUCCAACCCGAAGCCCUCCAGCCCCUGGCAGGAGAGCCCGCGGGUGAUCCAGCUGAUGCCCAGCCCCAUUAUGCACCCCUUGAUCCUGAACCCCCGGCACUCGGUGGAUUUCAAGCAGUCCCGGCUCUCGGAAGAUGGAAUGCAUAGGGAAGGGAAGCCCAUCAACCUGUCUCAUCGGGAGGACCUCGCUUACAUGAACCACAUCAUGGUCUCCGUGUCCCCACCCGAAGAGCACGCCAUGCCCAUUGGGAGAAUAGCAGACUGUAGACUGCUUUGGGAUUACGUCUAUCAGUUGCUCUCUGACAGCCGGUACGAAAAUUUCAUCCGAUGGGAAGACAAGGAAUCCAAAAUAUUCCGGAUAGUGGAUCCCAACGGACUGGCUCGCCUGUGGGGAAACCAUAAGAACAGAACAAACAUGACCUAUGAGAAAAUGUCCAGAGCGCUGCGCCACUACUACAAACUAAACAUUAUCAGGAAGGAGCCCGGACAAAGGCUUUUGUUCAGGUUCAUGAAAACCCCAGAUGAAAUCAUGAGCGGCCGGACAGACCGUCUAGAGCACCUCGAGUCUCAGGAGCUGGAUGAGCAAGCGUACCAAGAGGACGAAUGCUAAGGGGACCCACCACAGCCUCACCGGCUGGCCAAGAGGAACCCGCCCACGGGGACUGCUGGAGGGGUGGUGGGCAGGCGAGCUGGGGAGGGCCAAGAAGGAAGAGGCCCAGGAAUGGCAGGAACACUUCUCUCGCAGACCGAGAGGGACCAGAGCACCUUAGACAAACCACCCAGCAAUGGCGGGGCUGGAAUUCUGGCGGAGGGCACAAGCCUGAGACUCACACGUCACAUUUGCUCCUCCUUUGGACCUCUUGUCUGUAACGCCUCACCCUGCCCCUGUUGUUAGUCUCAUGGUGUUUCUGGUUUUGUUUCUUUUGGGUUUUGUUUUGUUUUGUUUUUUGUUUUUAAGAACAUGCAAUUUGACUAUUCAUCAUUCAUACAGGGGAAGACAUCACAUGUUGUUUUCCUAUGGAAAUAUAUCUAUUAUAUAUAUUAUUUUUAUUUUUUAUUUUUUUGCAAAUCUCCCGAAGUACAGCCAGCUCUGCUGGUCAGGAAAGAGACUUGCAGAAGGGAUCAGGCCCCUCUUUUUCCUGCCACGCGGAUCAGGUUUGUCCUGUUGCAGUCGGGUCUUGGGCGAGAAGAACAAGAAAAGAUACUUGCAAAACA